AAGUACGAGAACGCGGAAGCCAGCAUUCAGGCCGUAGAUUCGCGCGGGACAGCCGGGUCAUAUCUCGGUGGGAAAUUUGCAGGAUCGACAUUGCGUCUCAUCGCGCCCGGCACCCGGGAGUCACGGCCGCCUAAGCACACGCCCACCUGGUCUACGAGGUUUCCUGGCAUUGCCUGGGUCCUGGGCAUGCAGGUUCUUCCUGGCUACCCCAUCGGCACGCUUUUCCUUAUGUUGUGUUGGGUUGGGGUCAUGCUAUACGCCGGGCUGCUUGAUAGCAACCCAUUCUCCAAUCCUGGCAGGGCUGGGAUCCUCGUCGUCAGCCAGCUUCCUCUCGUUUUUGUCUUGGGGACGAAGAACAACGUCGUCGGCACAUUGAUUGGGCAGGGUUACGAGAGGCUCAAUUAUUUGCAUCGCUUUGUCGGUCGUUUCCUCAUAUUUGCAAUCAAUGUUCAUGCUAUCGGACUCAUGUACGAGUUCACGAGCACCAGCGCCUGGUCCACGGUCAUCAAGAUAGCUCACAUUCAGUGGGGCCUCGUUGGCCUUGUGUGCAUGGACCUUCUCUUCUUGCUGUCUGUCAGUACUUUUCGACAGAUGUUCUACCACGUCUUCUACGCCUCCCAUGUUGUCUGCGCUAUCAUCCUAUUAAUAGCGACGUGCUUCCACAAUCCUACAGCGCAACCGUACAUAUUCUCCGCCGUCGCCGUCUACGCUCUCGACCGUCUGCUGCGCAUUCUGAAGUCUCGCAUCACCUCUGCGCAUCUCCACCCCGUCCCUGAACUCAGCAUGGUGCGCGUGCAGGUGCACGCUGUGAAUGGCGGCUGGCGGGCGGGUCAGCACGUACGCAUCAAGGUGCUCUCAAUGGGAAUGGGUAUUUACGGUUGGAUGGAGCCUCACCCUUUCACCAUUGCAUCGGUCGCUGAGAACGCCAACGGACAGGGCUUGACACUCAUGUGCAAGAAGGCUGGUGAUUGGACCGGGAAGUUAUACUCACUUGCGCAAGGCAGCAAGGACAGCGAGUCUCAGAUGGGGAAGGACGUAACCGUUUUGGUCGAUGGCCCAUACGGUGGGCCCGGAAACACCAUUGUGACAAGCUACUCGGGCGCCAUGCUCGUCACUGGAGGUAGCGGAUUGACUUACGCUCUGUCUUUGGUCGAGGAAUUUCUGCAGAAAGGCAUGCAAGGCACGAGCUCCGUCCUGGUCGCUGAAUUUAUAUGGAGCGUGCCGAGUCCGUCGCACCUCUUCCCCAUGAUACCCAUAUUCACUCAACUGCUGGACCAGGCUGCGCUAGCUAAUCUGUCUCUCCGCAUAUCAGUCUUUUAUACCCGUGCAGUGGCGGAGGACGCUUUACAGGGACUAGAUAUGCUUCCCCCAGGUCUCUCACUUGCACCUGGUCGUCCACGCCUUGAAAAGACGCUAGGAAGUGUCGUCGAAAGGACAUGCGAGGCGUACACUAGCAGUGACGGUAACGGGUGGCCAACUGGUGUAUUCGUUGGUGCCUGCGGGCCACCGGCUCUUACGGAGGAAGCAGGGAAUACCGUUCGGAACUUCAACAGGGACAGGUUCCACGCCGUAGGCGGCAUCGAAGUGCAGGAAGAGAACUUCUCCUGGUAAACCGUUCCGGUCUAGAGGCAUACACCAGCGAUUGCGCAUGAAACAUGCGAUUGUAGAGGUUUCAUCGACAUUUUGUGGUUAUCCGGACAUUCAUAUGUAGAUUGCGUGUUCCACUGAUGCUGCUGAACAGCGCGGACAUAAUGUAUCAAGUUGGUUGACCGCAUUGCCGUCU